AUGGCCUCCUUCAACGGAAACGAUCACGAUGAAGCUCCAUCCAAGAUUCGGAUUUUAUCUCUCAACUGCUGGGGUCUGAAAUACAUCUCAAAGUACCGUCGUGAACGUCUGUCGGAAAUCGGACGACAGCUCGCACUCGCCGACCCUUCGCCGGAGAUAGUUGGAUUACAGGAGUGUUGGACACAAGAAGACUACGAGAAGAGCGGCAUGUAUGGCUACCCCCUGAACGGACGACCAACUGCUUUUUUUCGCGGUGACUGGUUUGUCGGGAAGGGUGUAGCCUCUGCGCGAAUCCGCUUUGGGCCUGGCAUAGCAGAUGUGGCCGAGGUCUUCUGCACACACCUCCACGCUCCUUACGAACGUGAACCCCACGACUCCUAUCUGUGCCACCGCACCGCCCAGGCCUGGGAAAUAUCGAAGCUCAUGCGCGGCGCGGCCGAACGUGGACAUCUCGUCAUCGGCCUCGGAGACUUUAACAUGCUGCCAUCCUCCUUCGCUCAUCGUCUCAUCACCGCUCAAAGUCCCGUUCGCGACGUCUGGCGCGAGCUCCAUCCGGACUCCUCUGUCGGCGCCGCGAUCGAUGCUGUUGAGCGCGCGAGAAACCGUCCUACCCCCUCCGCCGAGUAUAACUUGAUCGAAAACGGAGCCACCUGCGAUGGUUCAUAUAAUACCUGGCGAUGGUCAGAGGCGCUCCGCAAACAACUCGACAAGGGCCAAGAUGUGACUAUCGACAAGGAUGCGCCGGACCCACGUGCGAAACGUCUCGACUAUAUCUUCGUUGGGGAUGGUGGUUAUGCCCCAGAGUUCCCUCCGCCGCGUUGGUCUGUCGAAUCUGCUAACGUGGGAAUGAUACAACGCCACCCUAAACUCCGCUGCUCCUUAAGCGACCAUUUCGCCGUCGAAGCAGUCAUUACUCGUAAUCCAGGCCGGGCCACCCUCUCCACUCGCACAUCUUCCGAACCUGGCUCUCCUCGCUCUCCCUCCCUACGCAAAACUGCAUCGAAACAAGUCUCCCCGAACGCUGCCCUCACCCCAGAGACCUAUGAUCAUAUCAUUGAUAUGAUUCACACCUAUGUCAGGCGAGAACGUUCCCAACGGCGCUGGCGUCUCAUCCAUUUCAUUGUCUCCAUUUUGAUCUCAAUUGGGUGUAUGGUUGGAAUAUGGUGGGUUGGAAGCCGGACGUACAUCGGAUUCAUUUUGAUUCUGGUGAGCACGUUAAAUUUCGGCGCCGGGAUCUUGGAUGGAUUAAUCGGUGGUCUCUUCGUGUCAAGCGAACUCCGGGCUUUGAAAGAAUUCGAAUGGGAGGUGCGCAAUGCCAGAGGCUUAGUUCUUGCUGCAGAGGGCAUUGCCUCUGGUGAACGGCAGAACGAUACUCAAUUGCCCAGUAGCUAG